GGGUAUGUUUUUUUGCUGCUGUAAGUAUUAUGUUCGGGUUUCGUGCGUGAAUGGAAUAACCACUCUAUGUAAAGCUGAAAGCCACAUCAGGGAAUUGGCAAAGCAGAGAGUCAGAAAAGACCAGUUGUCAAAGAAACAGAGAGAGUGAGUAGAGUUGUAGCGAAUGGCAUUGCCAAGCUUUGAGAAGCUGCUCAAGGAAACUGACAUCCGUGAAAUGUUAGUGAUUCCAACUCAUUUCAUGCAACAUUUGCCAGAUGUUGAAGGAGCACGCUCAGUGGACCUGACCGUGAAUGCAUCUGGAACUCAGAGGCCGACCUUCGGAUACUACACCGGGAUGAUGCCAAUCGUAGACCUGUUCUAAGAUCAGGCUGGUGCAGUUAUGUCCGUGACAAGGGGCUGCAAGUCGGUCACAAGAUCUUAUUUCAGUGUGUGGAUGGGUUCCCACAAUACCAGAUUCGUGCUCAAAAGAAAAUCAUUCUCCUGGGUCAGGAGACAUGGUCUGACUUCUAAGGUGUUUCAAACGUUGUUGCUCGUGGUUGCACCUCACCCCUCCAAAAAUUACCCUUGUUCAAUACUAAUAAAUAAAACUAGGAAUCUAUGUCCUGUUGUUAUCCAAUCUGUGUAAACUUGUUUGUUUUUGCUGUAAUUUUUAGUUGUUUUCUCGCUUUUGAAUUCCAUUGGGUGUAUUGUUUUGGUUAGCAUUAGACAGUCUUUGUAUCUGCAGGUUCCGUAUCUCGGCAGCCCAUUUACCCCACGGUCUUUGCCUCACUUCUCUGUGUGUGGAAGUAUAUACAUUGAUCUUGAGAUGGUUGAGAUUGGUGUUGUUCUGAGUUACUGGACAACGAUAAUUGAUUCUCAUCCAGUUGAAGAGGGUCAUUAUUGCUGCUAUUUCCUAUGACUUGGGUUAGGGCUGCAACCAUUACAGACAUGUCUUGCUGUGACUGAGCUACGUAGAUGGGAAGAUAUGAUCUUCCUCUUUCCUCGCCGGUUCAUCGGAUGAAAGGGGCCUCUUCCCAGGUCUCCGAUCCACCUUACCGGUCUGGAUACUCUCCUUUUCUUCUUAUAUAUCAUGCAAAAGAAAGCUCAUCGGUAGUU